CCAUAAGGAAACAAAGGCAACUAUUGAAAAUUCCAUUUAUACCAGCCACUUUUAUUCUCCUCAUAGGAUAUAGUAUGUGUGUAUCCACACGCACAAACACACAGAGAGAAGCAUGAGUGAGAUUAUACAUAGAAGGGUCCAUACUAAUGGAAUAUGGUAUCACAUAGCAGAGAAAGGGAGUGGACCUCUUGUGCUUCUUAUUCAUGGAUUCCCAGAGCUAUGGUCUUCUUGGAUUUACCAAAUAAACUGCUUGGCGGGCCAUGGUUAUCAUGUUGUUGCACCCGAUAUGCGAGGCUAUGGUGAAUCAGAUUGCCCCCCGAACGCCGCCUCAUACACAGCUUUCCAUCUCGUCGGAGACUUGAUCGGCCUUCUUGAUGAGCUCCGAGAAGAAAAGGCAUUUGUGGUAGGGCAUGACUGGGGUGCUCAGGUUGCAUGGUUCCUUUGCCUCUUCAGGCCAGAUAGAGUCAGAGCACUUGUAAACUUGGGCAUUCCUUACCGGGACAGAUCACCCGUCAAACCCAUUGAGUUCAUGACCAAAAUAUUUGGAGAAGGAUUAUACAUUUCUCAAUUUCAGGAGCUAGGAAGAGCAGAGAAAUCAUUUGAGAAGUACAACUGUCUAACAAUACUAAAGAAGUUUCUGCUGAUCAAUGCUCCUGAUCCUCUAGUCGCUCCUCCCGGUGUUGAGAUCAUAGAUUUUCUCGAAAGCCCUGCUUCAUUGCCUCCAUGGAUUACAGAGGAAGAACUCCAAGCCCGCGCUAGCAAAUUCGAAGCAUUUGGAUUCACCGGGGCUUUGAACUACUACCGUAACAUGGACACGAAUUGGGAGCUUCUUGGACCAUGGAAGGGAGCAAAAAUUAGGGUUCCAACAAAAUUAAUAGUCGGUGACAAGGAUAUGGGGUUUCACUCAUUUGGGACCAAGGAUUAUAUAGAAAGAGAAGAAUACGAGAAGGACCAGCUAGUACCCAACAUUGAAGUGGUUGUUAUUGAUGGUGGCCAUUUUAUUCAACAGGAGAGAGCUGAACAAGUCACUAAUGAAAUCUUAUCCUUCUUCACUAUUCAAUCUCUUGUCUAAAUAAACUUGUUCUUGUAUUUGCAUAACCAAUAUUUUACAUUUUUCCUUAGAAUUGGAAAAAUUAAUAUGUAUCCGUUGUUGGAGACAUGAACUUUUAUUUUUAUUUGACAAGAAUUUACUGCUUUCAAAAGUAGGCUAAAAAUAUCAAAUUUUUAUAUGA